AUGACGGUCUCAGGGACCGUGCUCUCCACAAAGCCAAUCUCUCUCUCCAAAGCGACCUCGACUUUGUCCUCCUUCGUCUCCAGCGACACCGGCGCGUCGCAAGAGUUCAGCGUGUACCUCCAACGCGCCUUGGCAUCGUUCAAGGAGCUGAAGCAGCUCCACAAGGAGCUCAAAGCGCCGAGGUCCCAACGCAGGCGAUCGCGGCAUAGGUCGGAGGCUGAAAAUGACGACGCAGAGACCGUCGGAGAGAAUCCGACUCGGAGUGUUGUGGUGAGUCAUGAAGUGAGUCAUGGGCUCGAGUUAGAAUCAAAGCCCAAGCCCAAAAGGCAGCGAAAGGAGAGUAAUAGCAAUGGGAGGCUUGAGAAUGAAGAACCCAAUCGUCCGGUAGUGGAUGCUGUUGAGAGGAAGGAGGAGGGGAAGAAGGAGAAGAAGGGUGAGUUUCUUAAUUUCAGGGAAGAUGGAGGUGCAAUUGCAAAGAGGGAAGGUGAGGGUGUUGAAAAGAGAGAGGCUUCUGAUCCAGUAGAGGUGCAUGACAAGAAGAAGAAAAAGAAGAGGGACAAUGUUAGUAAUUCUGAUGAAAAUGGGGGUCAUUUUGACCAGGGAUAUGGUGGGGUUAAAGUUGCAGAGGGGGCAGGGGAGGAGGUAGGAGGUGUGGGUGUUGAAAAGAGAGAGGCAGCUGAUUCAGUAGACAUGCAUGACAAGAAGAAGAAGAAAAAUAAGAAGGAUACUGUUGGUAAUUCUAAUGAGAAUGCAGUGCAAAUUGAGAAGGGAGACGGUGAGGCUAAAAUCAGAAACGAAGAGGUAAAGAAGGAAGAGGGGAAGAAAAGGAAGAGUGGGGUGUUAGAUGCUUUGGAGGAAAAUCUGGAUAAGAAAAAGAAAAGGAGGAAAAGUUGA